AUGGCCCUCUCCCCAAUUGCGAGGUCAACACUUCAAGCGGCUCUCAUCAGUGCCAUAUCCAAUAUCCUCGCUCAGUUUAUUGCUGCUCAUCAGGCUGGGCAACCUUUUGCCUUUAACCCCAUCCCAACACUCCAAUACACACUCUACGCUUUACUUUCUACCCCUCCAAAUUUCAUGUGGCAGGAAUACCUCGAGUCCAUAUUCCCUUCUUACACUUCUCAGGAAGAUGGGGAUAACAAGAGCGAAAUUAAGCGGAUGCAAGAACAGCCUCGUUUAAACAAGAUCAACACUCUUAUCAAGACCAUUUUGGACCAAACCUUGGCCGCUGUCCUGAACAAUCUCGCAUUUUGCCUGGCGCUGGGCGGGAUGCGGAUGGGUAUGGCUAAACAGGCAAGCGAGUUUCUCCGCCUGCAACAGCAACACCAUUCGCAAAACCAGUCUCCUGCUGGGAGCUUUAUUCUCUCACUGUUACUGCUGCUUGAAGCUUUUUCGAAGACGGGGGGUCCGAUGCGGUAUGAGGACGUGAACUGGGCUGUGGUCUGGGAGCAAGCGAAGAGUGAACUUUGGGGGCUCAUGAUCGUUAGCUGGCAGUUUUGGCCAUUGGUCAGCGUGGUUAACUAUGCUUUCUUGACGAGCGUAGAGGCGAGAACGCUGAUAGGCAGUUUGGCUGGUUUGGCAUGGGGUGUGUAUCUGAGCCUGUAUGCAGGGGGUAACUGA